UUCUAAGAGCCAACAUGGCGCUCCGUCCAAGUCGGAAGAACUUCGGACCCAAAUAAGAAGCUUUUAAAGAGAUCUCGCGCCCUGCAAGUCCGGUUUGGCGGUUCCCGGAGAAAGCUCAGGUCAAGUGACACACACGAAAGUGACUUCUCUCCAGAAUGGCAGACAAGACAGUUCUUGUAGAGAAUAAGGAUGUGGCCUCCUACUUCACAACUAAACACUCAUGGAGGGGCAAGUACAAAAGAAUCUUCUCUGUGGGAACAAAAGGCAUCACGACGUACAACCCACAGACUCUGGAGGUCACCAAUCAGUGGGCGUACUCAGACUUUGUCAGUAUCCUGCCCAGUCCCAAGGCUGCGAGUGAAUUCAUCAUCACCAUGAAGAAACAGAACAAGAAGAACGACAGCAUGCGAUUCUCCACAGAGUACAGGGCAGACCUCAUCACAGAGGCACUGAGAUUUAGAAAGCAGUUUGCAGACUCAAAGGCACAGAGUGAAAAGAGGUUUAAUGCCUACAAACACCACUGGAGUGACAACAGGGUACAGAUUCUUCUAGAGGUGACUGCAGGGUCGUUGAACCAGGUUGACCCUGCUACUAACAAGGUCCUGUGUUCUUAUGACUAUAAGGACAUGGAGGGGGUGGCAGAGGUGUCUGACUACCCUGGUGGGUUCUGUCUGAUCUAUGGUGGAUUCAGCAGACUGCACCUUUUUGCGUCAGAAAAGAAGGAUGAGAUCAUCAAAGCAGUGAUGGAGCACGCGGGAACGUACGUGGGACUCACGAUAAAGCGGAGAAAAGACCCGAUCGUCCACGACCAGUUCACCUCGCACAGACUCGGCAAGUACAGCGGAGACGAACACAUCACCUCGCUGGCCGAGUUCGUGGUGCAGAAACACUCACAACGACACAAUGACCCAGUGAAAAGAAUCUUCUGCCUGACAGAGACAUGUAUAGUGGAGAGAGAUCCGGCUUCUUACACCAUCAUCACACUCAGGCCGUUAUGUGAUGUGUUUGCAAUAGUGAGAAGCCAGGAGAACCCGCAGGUCUUUACUGUGGAGUAUGUGAAGGGGGCCAAACGCCAGUACAGCUCCACCGACAGAGACACGUUGAUAGCCAGUAUGCUGGACGGUGUACGUGCGUCAGGUAAUCGGGACGUGUGUGUGAAGAUGACCCCGACUGACCGGGGUCAGAGGUUAGGACCCCUGUUCACCCCUGUGGAUGAGGAGGUGGAGAGUUUACAUCUCAAGUUCCUGCAGCAGCCACCAAAUGCCAAGUUCUCAGAAGCUGUGUACAGAUUCAACAACAAUGUGUCCUACAGCGGGCUGCUGCAUGCAGUCACUGCAGAUGGUUUCUUUGCAGAGAACAAGGAGAAGUUGAUCCACAUUGCCAUCACAGUGCUACUAGAGAGGGAAGGAGACCAGACCACGCUGCCUGCUGAGGACCUGGAGAGCCAGUUCCACGCCCUCCGCCGUCUGGUCGCCUCUAAAGCUGGCUUCUGUGCCUUCACUACCUUACCAAAGUUCCGUGAGAAGGUCGGUCUGAAGGUGGUGAAGGCCCUGAAGAGGAACGACACCGGAGUCAUCCAUGCUGCCAUCGACAUGAUGGGGGCUCUCAUGCAGCCCAUGCAUGAUGACUAUGACCUGAGACAGGAGCAGCUGAACAAAGCCUCCAUCUUAUCCUCCAAGAAGUUCCUACAGAGUCUGCUGGACGUGUUCGCUGCUCAUGUGCCAAGAGGCACGGGUGCGCUGGUCAUCUCCGCCAUGUUGGAUUUCCUGACCUUUGCCCUGUGCGCUCCAUACAGCGAGACGACGGACGGGACGUACUUCGACAGUUUGUUACAGAUGGUCGCAGACAUGGGGAGGUCCAUAUUCAAGUUAUUUCAGCACCCCUCCAUGGCCAUAGUAAAAGGCGCGGGCCUGGUGAUGAAGGCCAUUAUUGAGGAGGGGGACCAGGAGAUUGCUGCCAAGAUGCAGGACCUGGCCCUGGCUGAGGGGGCGCUGCUGAAACACUUGCACAUCGCCAUGUUUACGGCCAGCAAGGACAACAGGAUGCUGGCGCUCAGGCAGCUGAGUAGACACCUGGUGGGACUGUGGGUAACAGGAGCUCCGACAGCUAUGGGGCUGCUCAAGAGGAUUGUGCCCACAGGGUUGCUAGGUUACCUGGACUCGGAGGAUCAGGUGCCGCAGAAGGAGGUGGAUCUGAUGCACGUGAGAGACAACGUGAAGAUCGCCCAGGACCAAUCACAGCGCAGGAAACCCCAGUGGAAACAGGUGGAGGAACUCCUGCUGCACUGGGACCCUCGAGAUGCGGCCAACCAGAAACCUAUUGUCUUACGGAAACGGAGACAACGAAUCAAGAGUGAAGCCAACUGGCUGCUGUUCUACUACCAGUUCAACAGAGACCAUUCAAGAUCCAACCUAUUGUGGAACUACAAGACCAGAGAAGAGCUCAGAGAUAACCUGGAAGCUGAAAUCCGAGCCUUCAAUGUGGACAAGGAGUUGGGCUCCACACACACCAUCUCAUGGAACCACUCAGAGUUUGAGGUGAGAUAUGAAUGUCUGAAUGAGGAGAUAAAGAUCGGGGAGUACUACCUGCGACUGCUGCUGGAGGAAGACGACAACGAAGACAACUCACAGAUCAAGAGAUCGUACGAGUUCUUUAACGACCUGUACCACCGGUUCCUGCUGACUCCUAAGGUACAGAUGAAGUGCAUGUGUCUGCAGGCUAUGACCAUCGUGUACGGGCGCUGCUACGAGGAGAUCGGAACGUUUAACGACACCAAGUACAUGGUGGGGAUGCUGGAGAGGUGUACCGACCGUCAGGAGAGAGAUCGCCUGGUGCUGUUUCUCAACAAACUCAUCCUCAACAAGAGAAACGUGAAAGAACUGAUGGACGCCAACGGGGUGAAGAUCCUGGUUGACCUUCUGACCUUGGCUCACCUUCACACGUCCCGCGCCGUCGUGCCGACGCAGACCAACGUGAUCGAGGCGUCGCCGGACAUGAUGCGGGAGAGCGAGAAGGAGUGGUACUACGGAAACGCUGACAAGGAGAGGCUCGGGCCGUACAGCAUUAAUGAGAUGAAGGAGUUUUGGGAGGAGGGUGUGAUCACAGCUAAGACGCGGUGCUGGGCGCAGGGUAUGGACGGGUGGCGGCCGCUCCACAACAUCCCGCAGCUGAAGUGGUGUCUGCUGGCCUCCAGUCAACCCGUCAUGAACGAGUCUGAACUCGCUACUCUCAUCCUCAACAUGCUCAUCAGGAUAUGUGAAUAUUAUCCCAGCAGGGACCCUGAUGGAGCGAUCAUCCGUCCUCUGCCCAGAGCCAAGAGACUGGUGGCAGAAACAACAUGUCUGCCACACAUUGUACAGCUGCUGCUGACCUUUGACCCAGUGCUUGUUGAGAAGGUUGCCACGGUGAUGUGGCACAUCAUGCAGGACAACCCGCAGCUGCCGCGGCUGUACCUGAGCGGGGUCUUCUUCUUCAUCAUGAUGUACACAGGGUCAAACAUUGUUCCUGUGGCAAGGUUCCUGAAGUACACGCACACCCAGCAGGCGUUCCGCGCGGAGGACGCCAAGUCUAGUGACAUCAUGCAGCGGAGCAUCCUGGGACAGAUCCUGCCCGAGGCCAUGGUCCACUACCUGGAGAACUACGGCGCCGAAAAGUUCAGCGAAAUUUUCCUGGGAGAGUUCGACACGCCCGAGGCCAUCUGGAGCAGUGAGAUGAGACGUAUGAUGAUAGAGAAGAUUGCAGCCCACAUCGCAGACUUCUCCCCCCGGCUCCAGUCCAACACCCGCGCCCUGUACCAAUACUGCCCCAUCCCCCACAUCUCAUACCCCCCGCUAGAGAAUGAACUCUUCUGCAACAUCUACUACCUACGCAACCUCUGCAACACCACCAAGUUCCCCGACUGGCCAAUCAAGGAGCCUGUGAAGCUACUUAAAGACAUCCUGGAGGCGUGGAAGGCUGAGGUGGAGAAGAAGCCGCCGUCCAUGUCUGUGGAGGAGGCUUACGAUGUGCUGCAUCUGCCCAAGGGGGAGGGAGGUCAUGAAGAAGGGAAGAUCCGUAAAGCGUACUUUCGGCUGGCCCAGAAGUACCAUCCUGACAAGAACCCUGAGGGCAGGGAAAUGUUUGAGAAGGUGAACAAGGCGUACGAGUUCCUCUGCAGCAAGUCUUCCCAGCGUCCCGAGGGGCCGGACCCGAUGAACAUCGUCCUCAUCCUCCAAUCACAGAGCAUCCUCUUCAAGAGAUACCGGGACGUUCUGGCACCUUACAAGUACGCCGGUUACCCCAUGCUCAUCAAAACCAUCCGCAUGGAAACCGGCGACGACCAGCUGUUCUCCAAGUCCGCGCCGCUCCUGACGGCCGCGAGCGAACUCGCCUUCCACACAGUGAACUGCUCGGCGCUGAACGCUGAGGAGCUGCGGAGAGAGAACGGCAUCGAGGUGCUGCAGGAGGCGUUCUCACGAUGUGUGAGCGUGCUAAGCAAGUCCAGCAAACCUGACGAUCUCGCUGUGCAGGUGUGCAUGCACAUUAGCAGGUGUUACGCUGUAGCUGCGCAGUUUGAGGGCUGCAGGGAGAAGAUCAUCGAAAUCCCAGCUAUCAUCAAGGACCUGUGCAGGAUCCUGUACUAUAAGGACCUGCCUCGUAUGUGCAGUGUGGCUACAGAGUGUGUGUCUGCGUUCUGUGUGGAUUACUACCUGCAGAACCACCUGCUGCAGGCAGGUGUGCUGUGGCACCUGCUGCUGUACCUGUUCCACUACGACUACACCCUGGAGGAGGGCGGGGUCGAGAAGUCGGACGAGUCUAACCAGCAGGAGGUGGCUAACAACCUAGCCCGCCUGAGUAUGCUGGCGCUGGCCCGGUUGGGCGGCUACCUGGACGAGGACCAGAAGACACCAGACAACCCCGCGGUGAAGAGGUCCAUCGCUGCCAUGUUAACUCCUUACCUCAGCAGGCAACUCAGCAAGGAGGACCCAAGGGAGGUGCUGAAGAUCCUGAACAGUAACACUGAGAACCCGUACCUAAUCUGGGACAACGGGACGCGGCUGGAGCUGACAGAGUUCCUGCAGACUCAGCAGAGCAACAAGAUCCGUACCGGGGAGUGUGACCCGUCGUACGGCGCAGACUUCGCCUUCACCAUCCACGAGAAGGAGCUGCAGGUCGGAGAGAUCUACGUCAGGGUGUACAACGAGCAGCCAACAUUCCCACUGGAGGAUGCUAAAGGCUUCACAAGAAAAUUGAUCGACUUCUUGGGUUCUCAAGCAGAGUACCUGCACUCCCUACUGGCACUGUCCCAGGGCACGAUGGACACCACGAAGGAGAGUAACAAGCUGCGGCUGAGGGAUGUGGAGAUGGCUCUGGAGGCCCUCAGGAACGUCAUUAGGAACAACCCUGGCACAGAAGUAGUAUGCCUGGGGCACUUCCGGCUGCUGUUCGCCCUGCUGCGUCUCCAUGGCGCCGGGAAGCUGCAGCAGCUGGCCCUGGAGGUCGUGAACUCUGUAACAACCAAUCAGGACUGUGUUAACGACAUCGCCGACGCCUCAGUGUUACCGUACUUGCUCUUAGUCAUCCAAUCCCUGCCUAGCAGCAGAAGUACAGUACUGGAGAGUCUACAUGCUCUGCUGUCCAGCACCAAGAUUGUGAAGGAGGCACUAGCAAGGGGAGCGCUGAUCUACCUGCUGGAUCUCUUCUGUAACUCCACCCACCCCGGGAUCCGGGGACAGACCGCUGAGCUCUUCUCCAAGAUGAUCGCAGACAAACUGGUGGGACCAAAAAUCCGCAUCAUCCUCAGCAAGUUCCUGCCAGGCAUCUUCAUGGAUGCCAUGAGGGACAGCCCUGAAGCUGCUGUGCACAUGUUUGAAGGAACACACGAGAACCCAGAACUGAUCUGGAAUGACGAUGCCAGGGAAAAAGUGUCCAGUGUGGUCAAAAAGAUGAAAGACACCCACUAUGCAGCACAGAAGGAUAACAUAGAGGCGAGUUGGAAGCUUCCUGAAGACUUUGCAGUAGUGUACACAGACGUGGAGGGAGAGCUGACGGUGGGGGGAGUGUUCCUCAGACUCUUCAUCUCCCAGCCGGGCUGGGUCCUCCGCAAACCCAAGGAGUUCCAGGUCUCACUCACAGAGAGGUGGAUAGAACUCACCAGCAAAAACAACCCCGAUGGAGAGGUUCUGGAGACCCUGACCACAGCUGUAGUGUCCCUGUUCACGGCACAGCCUCAGCUGGCUGGCAACGCCCCCGGCCUGGGCCACAUCCCACAGGUCUUCAAACCCAUGUCAUCUCGCAACUCUGCCAUCCCCAAGUCUGCACUGCUCGUGGUACAUGUGCUGGCUACAAUGAUGUAACUGUGUGUGACGUCCAUGUCCCAGACAGACUGUAUCCGGCCCAUGAUGGUGGCCAUGCGAGCGCGGCCGGACAUGAUCGGUGUCGCCUGCGAGACCUUCUUCAGGAUGUUUGAGAAGGACCAGACGGACCUAGUCAAGCAGGCCAUAGAAGCAGAGCUGGUGCAGUACCUGCUUAGGCUGCUAGAUGGCGGGCUUGAGCAGGUGGAGAACCCAGCAGGCACCAAGGCACAGAUAGUCAAGUCUCUGAAGGCAAUGACAAGAAGUUUGGAGUACGGGGAACAGGUGCAAAGUGUCCUUGACAAGUCGACCGUCUGGACGUCAUACAGAGACCAGAAACACGACCUGUUCAUCUCACAGACAGCCACAGCUGGAUACCUCACAG